AAGCCCGUCCUCCUCCUCCUCCUCCCAGGCCCCAGCGCGUACCAGCCUGGUGCUUCCGAGGCGGCCUGUCGUGCGAUCAAGGGCGCGCGCGGCUGGGAGAGCGACUCGGGGCCCCUGCUUUCCGCGCGGGAGUUCGGAAGAGAGUGGGUCGUCGCCGCCCGAGGGCGAGAGCGCGAGCGGAGCUGGAGGAAGGAGCGCUCGCUAGCCUACCGCCUCGCUGCCUCCCCGGCGCUCGCUCUCCCGGCUCCUAGGUUUGCUGGCUGCUCCUCCCACCCGCGCCCGCCUCCUUGCUCGCUCACUCGCUCGCUCGCUCCAGCCGGUUUCUAAGCCCCGCGGUGCGCCCGGGCCACUGCCGGGCGAGGGGCCCCGGGGCUAUCGCCGAGCAGGGGGCGGGGGUCCGGGCAGAGCGCAGCCGGCCGGGGAGGGGCCAUGUCUGGCGCGGGCGCAGCGGGGCCCGUCUGCAGCAAGUGACCGAGCGGCGUGGACGGCCGCCUGCCCGCCUCCGCCACCUGGGGCGGCGCGGGCCCCGGUGCCGGGUGCCCGGAGCCCGGGUCGCGCGUAGAGCCGGCGCGAUGCACGUGCGCUCGCUGCGCGCCGCGGCGCCCCACAGCUUCGUGGCGCUCUGGGCGCCCCUGUUCCUGCUGCGCUCCGCCUUGGCCGACUUCAGCCUGGACAACGAGGUGCACUCGAGCUUCAUCCACCGGCGCCUCCGCAGCCAGGAGCGGCGGGAGAUGCAGCGCGAGAUCCUCUCUAUCUUGGGCUUGCCCCAUCGCCCGCGCCCCCACCUCCAGGGCAAGCACAACUCGGCGCCCAUGUUCAUGCUGGACCUGUACAAUGCCAUGGCGGUGGAGGAGGGCGGCGGGCCCGACGGCCAGGGCUUCUCCUACCCGUACAAGGCCGUCUUCAGUACCCAGGGCCCCCCUCUGGCCAGCCUGCAAGAUAGCCACUUCCUCACCGACGCCGACAUGGUCAUGAGCUUCGUCAACCUCGUGGAGCACGACAAGGAGUUCUUCUACCCACGCUACCACCAUCGGGAGUUCCGGUUUGAUCUUUCCAAGAUCCCGGAAGGGGAGGCUGUGACCGCAGCCGAAUUCCGGAUCUACAAGGACUACAUUCGGGAGCGCUUUGACAACGAGACGUUCCGGAUCAGCGUUUACCAGGUGCUGCAGGAGCACUUGGGCAGGGAGUCAGACCUAUUCCUGCUGGACAGCCGCACGCUCUGGGCCUCGGAGGAAGGCUGGCUGGUGUUCGACAUUACCGCCACCAGCAACCACUGGGUGGUCAACCCACGGCACAAUCUGGGCCUGCAGCUCUGCGUGGAGACCUUGGACGGGCAGAGCAUCAACCCCAAGCUGGCGGGCCUGAUUGGGCGGCACGGGCCGCAGAACAAGCAGCCCUUCAUGGUGGCCUUCUUCAAGGCCACGGAGGUCCACCUUCGCAGCACCCGCUCCACAGGGGGCAAGCAGCGCAGCCAGAACCGCUCCAAGACGCCCAAGAACCAGGAAGCCCUACGGGUGGCCAACGUGGCAGAAAACAGCAGCAGCGACCAGAGGCAGGCAUGCAAGAAGCACGAGCUAUACGUCAGCUUCCGCGACCUGGGCUGGCAGGACUGGAUCAUCGCGCCUGAAGGCUAUGCUGCUUACUACUGUGAGGGCGAGUGCGCCUUUCCUCUGAACUCCUACAUGAACGCCACCAACCACGCCAUCGUGCAGACGCUGGUCCAUUUCAUCAACCCCGAAACGGUGCCCAAGCCGUGCUGUGCCCCCACUCAGCUCAACGCCAUCUCUGUCCUCUACUUCGACGACAGCUCCAAUGUCAUCCUGAAGAAAUACAGAAACAUGGUCGUCCGAGCCUGUGGCUGCCACUAGCACCUCACAGAGGUCAGACCCGCUGGCACUACGCUGUUCCGGGGUCCUUGGUCUCCCACCAGCCAGUGCCUCCCACCACCCAGCACCGCAACCGCCUUUCGCGAGACCUGCCCUGCCCCCGUCCCCAACCUUAAGGGCGUAGGAGGAUUAAGGAAUUGGAGAGGCAAAUGCCUUUUGAUCAGGUUCUCAUCAACCUCCCAUGGACAAGAUCCUACACGCUGCUGCAGGCAAAACCUAAAGGAAAGAAAAUAUAUAAAGAAAAAUUGCCCGGCCCUGAUCAUGGGCUGUGAAGUCUCAGCCAUGCACUGACUCGUUCCCAGGGGUAAUUAGGAGCACCCUUCAGCCAGGCCACCCAGCAGCAGGAGGAAGGGGGCAUGGCCAGGGGUGGGCACGUCUGUGUCUGUGCUCAAGGGAAAUUGACACGGAAGUUCCUGUAAUAAAUGUCACAAUAAAACAAAUGAAUGAAAAUGGUUAGGAUGUUACAGAUAUAUUUUCCUAAACAAUUUAUCCCCAUUUCUUGGUUUACUCUGAUUUCAUAAACAGAAGCCGUGGCCGGCGGAGGCAGGGGAGGCCCCCUCUCCGUUCCGUUCUGGUUUCAUUCUGAGGCUUGCAGAGGCCUGCUGUUUACAUAGACUUGCCCAAACCCAAGAUUUGGCUGGGAAGGGAGAGGGCAAAUUUCUGCUGGGAGGAGGCGGUGUGUUAACCUUGAAGGAAAAAUAUGUCCCGUCCUUCGGUUGAGUACAUGGUGGCGGAAAUUAAAAUAGGCGUGAGAAGCGCCGACAGAUGUUUGGAAUUGGUUUUCUAGCUCUCCUAGUGGUAGAAAAUCAACAUGGAAUGAGAGGACAGCCAGCGGGAGAGCCCACACCUUGACUCUGAACUCUAGUUAACAUGACCUAUUUUAAGAAGUGUCAAUGAACCCUCACUCUAGAUGGGGGUGGGGUGGGCAGGCAUGCUGUCCCUCCCCCGGGUGGGUUCCCCUGUUGGUCAUGAUUAGCAGCAUUCUGGAGUCCAGGUGCCAGCCAGGGCCGCUGUAGCCACUGUUCUCAUUUGCAGACCCCUCCUGAGCACUCUGCAAACUAUCAGCUCCUUGAGGUAAGGAGCCGAUGGCACGGUGGAGAUCUGCUAGGGGCAGGAUACGGUGGACGUGAAUCUCAAAUGGAAGGAUCUAGAAACUGCCUUGAGAGUGACGUCCUAAUUGAGGCUUCCAAUUCAAAGGUGCCAUCUCUGAUGUGGCUCUUGGCGUGAGCCUCCCUCACCUUGGCCAGCGGGUCCCCUAAAUGCUGGGCACCCAGCCUCCAGCUGCCAUGCAGGCCUUGUGGAGCUCUGGGCUGUCUGUAAACAAAGAGCAGGGUUCCCCCGGCGAGGCCUCUGCCCUUGGAACCCAGUCCAGCAGGGAAUCAUUUCUCCAUCUUGAUUAAGUUGGUUCCUAGAAACACUGGGGUCCCGUUUUUAUUUUCUUUUAUUUUUCUUCCUCAGUAGCUUAGGCUGCAGCCUCCAAUCUGCCUGGUCAAUGGGGAAGAGUUACUUUUUUUGCCAUGCUUUGUUUUAUCUGUUGGCAGAUCUGGGGAUUUCUGUGUGGUUCCCUCUCGGUGCAAGUUUUCUCCCCAUCCACGCCCCACCUGGUUUCUGGCAAGCAUCCUUUGUACAUUGAAACAUGUAAAUAGUUGUUACAAAACAAAGAAAUUAUUUAUGUCCAUUGGAAGCUCAUUUUACACCCUCCUUCAGUCCCUUGUUCAGGAUGAUGAGCUCGCUUUCCCCAGCCUGUUUGUUUUCUUAUUUAAGACUAUUUAUUAACGAUCAGACCAAUGUACCUUCAGCUUUUGUAUAGAGCAGCCUUCAGCGAAUUUUCUGUAUAAAUAGACAAAAUAAAAAGGGUUUUGACUUUUCAAUAAAAGAAGACAUUUGGUUCUGAUUCUUGGGGCCAUGUA